UACAUCAUUGCAAUGCGACGAACAGUAAAAGGACCGAUACGAAUGUGUUGUGCACGCUGUUGAUUUAAAGCGUAGUUAAUCGGUAUUUGUUUCUAUCGCACGGAAAUAAUAAUUAGUAUUUACUAAAUAUAAACAUCGUCGUAACAGAGUACAUUUGGAUCAGCAUAUCACGUAAACAGCACCAAAGAUGUCGGUAACCGAGAUGUUUAGCUACAUCCAAGGCUUUUUGAAUGCUGAUCAAGAUGUCCGAGAGGACAUAAGAAAAGUUGUCCAAAUUCUUGAGCAGACAGCAAGAGAGAUUCUGACUGUCCUUCAAAGUGUUCAUCAGCCAAGUGGCUUCAAAGACAUUCCCAGCAAGUCUCAGAAAGCCAGAGAGUUGUUUUGCACGAUUAGAACUCACAUUGGAGAGCUAAAAAACAAGUUCCCUGUGGAACAGUACUAUCGGUAUCAUGAACACUGGAGAUUUGUUCUUCAGCGGCUUACCUUCCUUUCAGCUUUUGUGGUGUACUUGGAAACAGAGUCUUUGGUGACACGUGAAGAAGUGGCAAAAAUACUUGCCAUUGAAGUUGACCGAGAAAAAGGAUUUCAUCUGGAUAUGGAAGACUAUCUAGCAGGAGUUCUUAUUUUGGCCAGCGAGCUGUCCAGGCUGGCGGUGAACAGCGUGACAGCAGGGGACUACGGACGCCCGCUUCGUAUCUCAAAUUUCAUCAACGAACUGGACUCUGGCUUUCGCUUACUCAACUUAAAAAACGACCCUCUGCGCAAGCGUUACGAUGGCCUCAAGUAUGAUGUCAAAAAGAUCGAGGAGGUGGUGUAUGACCUUUCCAUCCGAGGCCUUGCCAAGGAGCAGGAGACCGGAGGAGACAAGUAAAGACAGUUGGGGUAUGAAAGAGGCGGCGGGGCACCACCCUGGCUGGGAUUCUCCAUGACUGGCGGAGUGGUUAAAUCUGUCAGCGGACAGAGGAAGAGGAGAGGGAAUGAAGCCCCAGCAGCCUUGGGCAAGGCUUUUGACUUGUCCACCGUGAUGAAGAGUUGUUCAGGUUUCAGUAGGGAGAUGUUCAGCUCACUACUACUGUUGAGAGAUGCUUGUGUAUAGACGCAUUUUGUUUGGUUGUGUUUUUAAUGUUCUUGAUGUUUGGGUUAUCACAUUUUUGGAUCAUUGUACAGUCAAACAAAUGGUUGGAGAAAGUUUUUAGGGGAGGUGAAAUAUUAAAGGAUCAUUACUUGAAUAUUGGACAAAUGGAGUUUUGCAUCUGUUGUAUUGCUUUCUGGUCAAAAUCUACAUCGAGAGACCUCUAUAUAACAUUGCACUUUUGUUGAAUUGGUACUAUGACUAAAAACAUAUGGUAAUGGUAUGUUGUAAUUGCCUACACAUGAAUAUAAAACUAAUAAAUUUGCCAAAAUAUUUCGUUUUAUAAUGCAGGGUAUGUUGGUAUUUAAGUUCUCAUAAAUGCUUUUAGGGUUUAUCAUUUAUUUUGUAAAACACUUGUUUGACAUCUUUGCCUUUUCUGAUUUAACAAAGAUGCAAAGUAUUUUGUUUUAAUACAUAAACAUCUAGCGGUAUGUGUUUGACCACUCACCCUUUGACUGUCAAUUCAUGGGCCUGUCAUUUUGUUGUUAAACAUAUACAUCUUUUCAAGCAAAGGGUUCAACUAUCAUUACUUUAGUUUUUUCCUUUAAAAGAUAUAAAUUCAAAUUUUUGUGGAUUUUCAUAUCAUUCUUUGGCUUCCAAUAAGGUCGUUUUAAUUUAUUGCUCAUAUUUAGUUUUUUGUGGGUUCAUUUGUUUACUUCCUCUGGUUUUGUUUUUGCAUUUUUUGACCAGAUUUAUUUGGGAAUUACUUAUAACUAUUCCAAGUAAUCAUCAGCGGUAAUGCUUUGUAUUUCGUUUCUCCCAAAGAAAAAUUUCUUACAUUUAUUAUGUAUGUUUGCCUGUGUUGUAGUUCAACAAUUGCUCUUCAUUGGAAAUACAUUUUGUUGUACAGUAACAGUUAUGUAAUAAAGAUUCUCAUUGGCAGUAAUGCUCUCAAAAAAA